GAGAGAUAUUUAAAUAUAUAACAUAAAUAGGGAUAAAAUAAUAACUUAAUGUAUCCUUAUUGGGUUAUCGGUUUAAUAGAUAACCCAAUAAGAUAAAACUGAUACCGAACCGUUUACCCAAUAAAAUUUUUUAUAAAACCAAUAAAAAAUCAUUAACUCGAUAACCCAAUACCAAUAACUCAAUAACAUUUUUAUCGGUUCGAUUUAUCGAUCGAUUCGAUUUUUGCACCCCACUUUGAAAUUAGAGAACAAAGAGAGGCCAAGUGCUAUAUAUAGCUAAAUAUACCUUAAUUAGAUCUUUAUCAAAUCCAAGAUGGGAGAAGAAUACUUUAUAGAAACAGAGAAGAUGAAGGACUUGCAAGAGAAUUUAGAGGAGCCAUCAAAAACCCACUUCGUUUUAGUACAUGGAAUUAGUGGGGGUGGCUGGUGCUGGUACAAAAUCAAGUCUCUUAUGGAGAUUUCAGGCUACAAAGUGACAUGUCUUGACCUUAAGGGUUCUGGAAUUCAUUCUGCUGAUCCCACCACUCUUCUUUCCUUUGAUGAUUACAAUGACCCUCUCAUCAAUUUCAUGUCAUCUUUGCCUGAAAAUGAACAGGUAAUUUUGGUAGGACACAGCGCUGGAGGACUGAGUGUCACAGAUGCAACCCACAAAUUUCCAAAGAAAGUAAGGCUGGCAGUGUAUAUUGGAGCAACCAUGUUAAGAACUGGAUUUGUGACUGAACAAGAUGUUAAAGAUGGUAUCCCAGAUUUAUCAGAGUUUGGUGCAGCUGUUGAUGUAUAUGAUAUGUGGUUCGGAUUAGGACCCCAACAACCUCCAACCAGUGCAGUCAUUAAGACAAGUUUACAACGCAAAAUCAUUUACCAAAUGAGCCCACUCGAGGAUUCAACAUUAGCAGCGAUGUUGUUGCGUCCUGGCCCAAUUCAAGCAUUAACAAGUGCUCGAUUUAAAGAAGGAGAAGAUGCAGAGGAAGUUCCUCGAGUAUACAUCAGAACAGCAUACGAUCGAGUGGUGAAGCCAGAGCAACAAGAUGCAAUGAUCAAGAAAUGGCCUCCACAGCAUGUGUACACUUUGGAAAGUGAUCACAGCCCAUUCUUCUCUGCUCCACUCUUGUUAUUUGGCUUGCUUAUUAAGGCUGCUUCUCUUGGGUGCAGUGCUGAUUGAGAUAGUAUCAUCUCCAACAUGUACAUAAUAUAGUGUGGUUUGCUGUUCUUUGCCAGGGGACUUACCGUCUAGUCCCCAAGUAUUUGAAUUGAACAACUGAAAGACAAUAAAUAUUGCAGAAUUAAUAUGGUUAAGUGCCGAUGUGUUUAUUACUUGCAUGUGUUCAAUGAGAAACAAGUGUAGUCAAGUUUCAAGAAAGUAUUUCAAGUUAAUGUACUUUCCCAUUUACUUUUA